AUGUCUUUCGAGAGCAAUGCUUACCAAGGCACCGAUGCUCCAGAAGAAGUGCUCAAGGCAGGUGCACUCUACCGCGAGUAUGACAUUGUUAACCUUCGGAUACCAAGUCCUACGAUGACAGAAGCUUCCGACGCGCAGUUAGGUAAGUCGGUUUACUUGGUUGGUGACGAUGUUGAUGAUGACGUGGAUACACACAGGCCACAGACUUGGUGUAUACGACAGAGUCCGCAACAUAUAAGUAUCGAGCUAUGGAGGGCGAACAGUACCGAACUUGCAAGGAAAUCAGAGAACAUGAUGAACUGCAAGUGCGCCACGACCGCGUUGGUUCCUUCCUUCCCGCGAUGGGCGACGCGCUCCCUCAUCCGCCUGGCGUUGACUGAAUUCCUUGACAACAUCCACACCAUCCAAACACUCCAAACGUGCAUCCAGCACUUUUCCCAGGGCUGCCACUCCCAAACUCCAGCCACUUAUUCUGGUCCUACCCACCCUCACCCAUCGUCACUCACGUUGCCGACGCAUACUGACUUUGUCGUUGUUGGCUCGGGUAUUAUUCGGACACCAGUUGUUAUGUUGAAAGCGAGAGAUGCGUGUUCUGGGGCGACUGGGAGUGUGAUCACGGACUCCCAAGUUGUCGCCCAAAAGAUGAUUAAAUUGAGGUUUGCGCGUCUCGAGGAGUUGCGAAGCGUCGUUGAACAAGAAGGCAUUCUUGCAGAAUCUCAUUGGCGGGAGGUGGAUGUGUUUUAUAACUCGCACAUGUUCGAGAAGGCUGCAGGUCCAUGCGUCUAA